AUGAAAAGAUCACCUGUUUGGGGAUUUUUAUGCUCAAGAGGAGAAAGUUUCAGAGAUUGUAGAUCGACUAAUUCAUCAGUUUUUAGACGGGAUGGAAACAACGUAUACGUCAAUUUGGUAGUUGAUGUUGCCGAUAUCGAAAUUGAAUGGCUGAAAAUAAAACGCCGGGUUUAUAAUGGAGAUCUUUGCGGACCAACAAUACAAAUGAAACCUGGAGAUACCGUUUAUGUUCAUAUGGAAAAUCGCCUUGGACCAGAUCAACCUGAAAAAGAGCAUAAUGAUCUAAGACAUCCUAACACUACAAAUAUGCAUACACAUGAACUGCACAUAUCUUCUCUGUCUCCGGGUGACGACGUCUUCACAAGAGUAGAUCCUGGACAAUUCCGCAAUUAUUCGUAUGAUAUAAACAUAAACCAACCAGCUGGCACGUAUUGGUAUCAUGCUCAUUGGCACGGAUCCACCUGGUUUUAG